AUGCCGUCUGCAACCCCCGCGCCCAAUGGCCAGCAUGAGGCUAUCAACCCUAUCCAUCCUUCGAUGCUCGACCGUCUUGACCCAACCUUCAUCGAUCUCUACAACAAGCAUGUCGCCAACUCUCCCAACCAGGCCAUCGACCUAGCCUUCCUGCGGACCAAGUACUCGGUCCUCUAUUCCUAUGGCACAGGCCCAGCUCCAGACGUCGGACGGAUUUAUGAUUCCACCAUUCCAGUCGAGGGGGGGGAAGUGGAUGUUCGAGUGUACGAGCCUUCCUCCAGUGGCCCAUGGCCAGUCCAUAUUGAUUUCCAUGGUGGAGGCUGGGGAUUGGGAGACCUGGACACCGAGGCGCACAUUUGCAAGCACAUCUGCCACAAAGCCAACGUUGCUGUGAUUGAUGUAGCCUAUAGGCUGGUGCCCGAGCAUGUCUUCCCCACGGGAAUCGAAGACUCCUUUGCGGCCAUCAAGUAUAUCUACGAGCACCCCGAGGUCUUCAACGUCACAAAGAGCCUGUCCGUGGGGGGAGUUUCGGCCGGGGGAAACAUAGCUUUGGUGUGCGCGCACUGGGCGCGAGACGCCAACAUCCCCCUGCAAUUGGUCGCCGCCGGUACCCCGACCAUUGACGACCUGGCCAAGUACUCGUCGGCCUCGGAAUCACCGUUCCCAUCGAUGCAAGAAAAUGAGUUUGCCCCGACCUUGAAUUGGGCCAGACUAGCCUUCUUCGACCGGCUCAAAUGGGGUUCUCUAUCCACCGAUCCGGCCAUUGAAGCGCAGCAACGAAAACGGAUCGGCUGGGUGAAGAACUUGCUUGAUGCUCCCAAUUUCAAGGACUUGCCCCGGACGCUGAUAUAUACUGCAGGUGCCGAUCCUCUCCGGGAUGAAGGCGAAGCGUACGGCCGGAAGCUCGUCGAGAACGGUGCCGAAGUCGUGUUCAAACGCUUCCCGGGCGUCCCACAUCCGUUCAUGCACAUGGACGGCGCGCUGUGGCAGGCUUCUCAAUUCAUCGACAUGACGUGUAAGGAGAUUCGGUUCGCUCACGAGGAUAGAUGA